AUGGCCUGGCGACGCGUUUUCCGCCGCGAUGCAACGACGGUGGCGCGAUCGUUUUGGUUGCGCUGCUCUCAUGAGGAGCCAUUGCACCGUCUCCUUCCGCUGCUGCAGGGAGUGGAUUCGAUGUCUCCUUGGUAUCCUUGUCCGGUUGGUUUCCCAUACCCCAUAGAUCGUGAUGGAAGGCGUUCUCAUUUCGUCCAGAAACGCAUGGUAAUGCAUCCUGGCUCUUUCAACUGAGGUUAUUCUAUUAUCUGGUUUUUCUUAUCGAUCGCAGACAUAUGAACUUCCUAUCCUUUGUUUCUCGGACGAAACCUUCAUAAUUCUCAAGAGUUUUCGCAAUGUCCGUACCUUUUUGAAUAAUUUUCCUUGUGCUAUCUAUGAUCUCCUUCGAUAUGUAUUUUCGUCUUGGAAUGGAGAUAACUUAAGGUCACCAUGAUCGCUGUUUCGUUUUCAGUUAAAUACCUUGCAUUCCUCAAAAACGUCACGACAUUUCUCCAGCCAGGGGUGGGUCGAUCCACCUGCUGGGGCUGUAGUUGAUGUGCCGCUGGCCCAAACUGGCGAAGGCAUUGCUGAGUGCGAGCUCCUUAAAUGGUUUGUUCACGAGGUGAGCUGAUCGAAGUUGUUAAAUGACAGGGAUUAAUCAUAUACACAAAUUUGUCUUGCAAGAUCCAUGCUUACAUUUCUUCGUGGAAAUUUGGGAUUUGCUCUAGCAAUUAACUUGCAUUUGACUUGGAAUGUAGACAUGCAGCCAUAAAAUCCUUGUUCUGUAACCAUAUGUGAAAAUGGGCUCUAGAAUGGGAACAAGUUUAUCAUUCAUAUGUUUUCCUCAAGUUGGAUUUUGACCUGUCUAACCGUGUAGAAUUACUUCAUAAGUUCUGGUCUUUGAAUGCAUACUUUCAUAGAAUAUAUCAUUGGCCUUAAUUUCGGAAGAAUGAUGUAUUUUGAAAAUAGAAUUUCACCCUUUCAUGUUGUGCUCUUUCAUGUUUGGGAUGAUUUCUUCUGAAUCUUUGUCAUUAUGAUCCUGGGGUCCAUUUCCCUUGGAAGAAGGCACAAACAUGAGAGUGGCUGUGCAGAACGUUCUUUCCCCUAUAAUUUUCAUUUUAGAUGAAGUUACUAAAUCCGGAAUUCUGAUCUGGCUUUUCUAACUUAAGCAUUCUUCAGGAACCCUGUUUUUAUCCUCUUUGUCCUGGCCUCGGGUUUACUUUCACAAAUCUGGAUUUGAGGAAAAAUCUAUGUGAUGCCUUCUAGCAGGUCAGAAAAAUUGGGCAAUUAUGACAUGCAUAACCCGAAUCUGGCCUGCGUUGGGGUACUCUGAUCUGAUUUAUAAGAAGGAUGAAAAUUCGAAUUGGGAAAAAAAUAAACCGAUCAGGUAUUGUUCAGAUAAUUUGGACCAACUUGUCAUUCUAACAUACCCUUUUGCAUCUCUCUUUAAUCUCUGUUAGAGCAUCUUGCUGAUGAAGGACGAAAAUAAGAGUAUGGUACGAUAGGAUAGCAGCACCAACAACCCAAGGAAAAAAAAUAAAAAUAAAAAAAUUAUUCUACCUGGUUUUUUUGAUAACCUCGGUCCUAAGGUUUCAGUCAAUUACCCUUUCUUAAUUUAAGUUAUUCUGUACAUUUGAUUUUCGGAGGGAUAUUGCAAAAAUUCUCCUAACCACGCUAUUGUUUAUGAUUUGCAUUAAAAAAAAUGUUUUUAACAGUUUUGGUAAUUUUAUAAUUUGCAUACUCCUCGCUUUUUUACUGAAUAUUAUGAGUUUUCAAUUUUCAGGGAGAAAAUGUCGAUGAAUUUCAACGCCUUUGUGAAGUACAGAGUGAUAAAGCAACAAUUGAGAUUACAAGUCGUUACAAGGGGAAAAUUCAGCAGAUUUUGUUUGUCCCUGGAGACGUAGUGAAGGUGGUCCUUGCAGACUACAGAUGAUUUAUGUUUUUCCUUCCCUUGGAUGCACUUAAUCAUCUGCUGACUGUGGAUUGCUUUCGUUCUCUGACUUGUAAUCCUGAGUAUGAAUUUUCGUUGGUGUCAUGGAGUUCUCUGGGAGAUGGACCUUUAUGCCAACGUGGUAAAUCUGAAUGUCAAUCGCUGCGUGUAGCUCUUCAUUGAUGUUAAAAGUAGUUUUAUCACUUUACUGUCAUGUUUUCUUACGUUUUUUAACACAUGACAAGACUGGUGUUUACUGCGUUUUACCCAGAGUAACUAAAUAUUGAUAUACCAAGUUACGUUUGUGUUUGGAAUCAGUAAGGCGUGUUAACGAGUGUAUUUCCCUUUUAUUUCUUGACUAAUAUGUGUUAAUCUGAUAUCUUCAUCAGUAAUUGGCCUCAGCCUAUCAUGAGUGACUGUGAGAGUAUUUUUCUUAAUCUGUGGACUUGGUUAAUCAAGAUGAGCCCAUGCAUGUGACAAGUAUUGAAGCUUUUUUAGAGGGUAUAUUUUGUUUUAAAAGAGUUCUCAGUAAAGAUGUAUGAACCAGAGCCAAGUCAGACUAAGAUCUGCCACGGUUUUUUCACUUUCUGCAGCACUGAGCUGGCUAUAUAUGGUAAUCUAUGAUGAGUGUUUGAUGCCACCCAUUAAUGCUGAAUUUAACGAUAAUAUGUUCUCAAAACAGGCUUUGAAUCGAAGGGACUCCCAUGUGGUCACAGCAGGGCCAUCCCCUGCCUUCGUUCCUGUCUAUUCUGAUGCCAGUCUGCUCCUGUUGCGACAGUAUAUAGCUCUGAAUAAACGCUUGGAUCCUUUCUUUCUGUAAGCUGGUUACUGGGAUAGUAAAAAUGUCUACAAAGGUGUUAUCGUCCUUCUAACAUAAAUAGAAAGUGAAAAGCAUGGUAAAUAAUCUAGUAAAUCAUCAGCGAGGGAAUAAUCAUUUUAACUUAAUGAUCAUGAGAAUGCGGUGAUGUGUAGAUUUGUAGAUUUUUAAAUGUUUCUAUGAUAUACUUUAUACAUUUUGAAUGACCUUUUGUUUUCCCGUAAUUUUAGGUGGGAGAAACUCUGUUGAAGAUAAUGUUGGAAGAGAAAGAGGCGUCAGUUCCUAGUGUUGAGAGUUUUGGUGACACAAACAGUUUAAAUUCCCAUGAAUGUGAAUCAAAUUCUCAGUAUUCACUGCUCAAUGAAGAGACAACAAGGGGUGUUGUAUCGACGCCAUCUGUUCGGCAUCUUGCAAGGAAAUAUGGUCUAAAUAUAAAUGACAUCAAGGGAACCGGUAAGAGUGGUCGGGUUUUGAAAGAAGAUGUGAUUAGUUAUGCUGUUAGCAGAGGUAUUGUGGUGGAGUCAUCCUCCAGCCUGCAUGGAGUGGCUGAAGAGGAGUCCUUGUUUCAAGAGGAGAAAACUACACAAGGGAGCAGCACUACGGAUGGGCCAACUUAUGAAGAUAAGACAAUGCAUCUCACGUAAGACACUUUUUCAUGUUACUGCAUAAAGACUGGAUGCCAUUCUUCAAUGUAUUAAAUAUUUGAACCUCAAGGGCCUUAAUAGUUCUGAUUUUUUGCCACUUUUCAGAGGAUUUCAGCGGGCAAUGGUUAAAUCCAUGUCCAUGGCUGCGAAUAUACCACAUUUUCAUUAUAUUGAAGAGAUAAACUUUGAUGCCCUUGUUAAAUUGAAAGAGGCAUUCAAAGAGGAGAAUACUGAUCCUGACAUCAAACACACAUAUCUUCCAUUUCUGAUAAAGUCACUUUCCGUAGCUUUGGAGAGGCACCCUUUAUUAAAUAGCUCAUUCAUCGAGGAAACAAAUGAGCUCAUCCUCAAAGGUAUUCUUCUCACCAUUUUGCAAAAACCUUAUAGAUGUUGACUGUAUCUUAUAGAUUUCAUCUGGUUGACUUUGUCUUUCUGUCGUUUCAAAAAUGUUGACUCUCUGAAGCAUCUUCACAUUUUUUUUCUCUUUCACAUUAUUCUCUUGCUUGUGGCGACGGUCAAAAUCUGUCCAUAUUUUCUUAGAUUGGAUGCAUUGGGGGAAGAAGAAGAAGACUCAAAAAUGUCAACUCGAACUCUGACGUCUCUGAAAGAAAAUAAUAUGGUGACCCGAAAUCCGACUCUUCUUGUCCCAUUCGGACCAGCAAGACAGAUUUUUCCCAUGAUUAAACUUUACUCGUCCGUCUUAUAUUACUUACGGAUUGAACUGCGAGUGCAUACUGCCAUUGCUUUUCUCUCGGUUUUGUUAUUGCAUCCUCACUGCAUAUAAGAUGUUUAAAUUCCUUUUUUACCUCAAAAAUUUUCAAAUAUUAGAUACAUGGUCCUUCUAAUGAAGCACGAUGCUCUUGCUCCCAAGUUCUUGUCCAAGAUCUGAGCCCGAUAUUACCAUUUCCAGCAUUCAGACUUCGUUCUUGAUUUUUUUCUCUGGGUAUUCCACAUAAGGGCUUGAUCUUGAUCUGCAUCGGCUUUCCUUUCGAAUUUUAUUUAUUAUUAUUAUUAUUUUGGGUUUCCAAUCUUGGAGAGGUUCCACGAGAAGGUUUCCAGCCCUGGACUGCAAUAAAUUAUUACCCAGGCUUAGUUGUGGUUUCUGGAUUUCUAUGUUCUUAUUUUUUUUUUCUUCCUUGGGAUGAAUGCAGGGUCCCAUAACAUCGGUGUCGCCAUGGCCACCCCACAUGGUUUGGCGGUGCCGAACAUAAAGAAGGUUCAGUCUCUCUCUGUCCUGGAGGUACUCACACUACUCUCUCCUUCGAAAGACCGCAUAAUCCUGCUCUUCUCAUACAUCACACCCACACGCUUCCAUAUCUCAGAGCUUCAAAAAAUUCUAUUAGAACCGACUCUAUGAACUUAAAUUUCCUCUUUUGCUCCGCCACUCAUUCGAUGCAACUUCGACCCAUAAACUGGUUCGAAAAUUUUCCCAUAUUUGGCUCUCUCUCUCUCUCUCUCUCUCUCUCUCUCUCUCUCUCUCUCUCUCUCUCUCAAUUACCUCCUUUCUAAGUGGGGAGAUGGUUUAAGCUUUGUUAGGCGAUUCAUGUUCAUCGUCUUGGGCGAUUCGUAAAUACCACUGCUCUAGUUACGAUGCAGUAGGAGAUUGAAUCUCUCGUCUUUUGGGCAGAUCACGAAAGAACUGAUGCGGCUGCAGCAACUGGCGGCGAAGAACAAGCUGCAUUCCGAGGACAUCGCCGGCGGCACGUUGACCCUGAGCAACAUCGGCUCCAUCGGCGGGACAUCCGGAACCCCCCUCAUCAACUCCCCCGAAGUCGCCAUCAUCGCCCUCGGGCGGAUCCGGAAACUCCCCCGCUUCAGAUCCGACGGUGCAGUACACCCCGCCGCCAUCGCCAACGUAAGAACACUAAUCCGUAGACCUGAUUUUUCUGCCCUAUACGACCAGCCUAUUCGUGAACAGAAAAAAAUAAAUACGUGUGGAUACUCGUCCGAUCGUGGUAGGUUGUGGUUGGAGCUGAUCAUAGGGUGGUGGAUGGAGCAACGGUCGCCAGAUUCUGCAACGAGUGGAAGUCGCUGAUCGAGAAGCCACAGUCGCUCUUGCUGCACCUGAGGUGA